UCAAAGUCAAUCUCGAGAGAUCCUGCAAGAGGAGAUAGCGUCGCGUGCUUGUUUUGGCUACAUUAAAUACAGCUUAUUAAGACGAUGGUUCCGCCCAUUUUUCUACAUCACAUGAUUGCAAUGGAAGCCGUCUUGCCGUUUAUGCGACCGGUGAGACGGUGCCGUGUUACAGGGUGCCCACAGCAGUUGAAGACCACAGUGUUUUGAAUACUUUCCACAAGCGUUUGUUAAAGGGGCAGUAACCGUUUACUUCAUCAUCUCACAAGACAUCAUGGCGGAGUACAACCUAACGUCCCUUGCCCGGGCUUUGUCACAACCACAACUGGACUUGACAGAAGGGACAUUUGAUGCCUGUACUCCGCGAACUAUUCCACUGCAACCGUCUCGAAGGAGAAAGUUGUCAAGCUGUAACUCGAUUGAGUCCAUUGAGCCGGUGACUACGCCUACGGCCGUAGAGGCGCGAGUUCUGGUUAUCAACACCGGAGGAACCAUCGGGAUGACACUUCACGAUAACGUGCUUGCCCCAAAAGCCAAUGCUUUUGUACAGAGUCUGCGCAAACUGCCCAUCAUCCACGAUGAGAUGUAUGCCCAGCAAACCUGCCUGUAUAACUACUAUGGGUCUGAGAACACCUUGGUCCUCCCGCUGAGUAAAGGCAAUAAAAGGAUAAUCUACACGGUCUUAGAGUACAGCCCUUUGCUGGACUCCUCCAAUAUGACUACAGAUGACUGGGGUAGGAUUGGAAAAGACAUUGAGAAAAACUACGAACACUAUGAUGGCUUUGUGAUCCUUCAUGGCACAGACACUAUGGCUUACACAGCCUCUGCUCUGUCCUUUAUGUGUGAACAUUUGGGCAAACCAAUCAUUCUCACCGGCUCGCAGGUGCCUAUCUAUGAGAUGAGAAAUGAUGGCAGAGACAACCUGCUGGGGGCGCUGCUGAUUGCUGGCCAGUUUGUCAUUCCAGAGGUGUGCCUCUAUUUCUACAACAAACUCUACAGAGGGAAUCGUGUGACUAAGGUGGAUGCUGGGAGCUUCAAUGCGUUCUCCUCUCCUAACUUGCCUCCUCUGGCAACUGCUGAAGUCGAUAUUACAAUUAACUGGGAUACAGUGUGGAGAGCAAACACCACAGCGAAAUUCCAAGUCAGCACUGAGCUGAACAGGAAUGUGGGUCUGCUCAGGCUGUUCCCAGGAAUCACUGCUGCUACUGUGAGGGCUUUUCUGCAGCCUCCCAUGGAGGGUGUAGUCCUGGAGACCUACGGCAGUGGCAAUGCCCCCGAUAACCGUCCUGACCUGUUGGAGGAGCUGAAGAAAGCCACUGACGCUGGUGUCAUCAUCAUCAACUGCACCCAGUGUCUGAGGGGGACUGUGUCUGCUUCUUAUGCCACUGGCAAAGUAUUGAUGGAUGCUGGACUGAUAGCUGGUGGAGACAUGACUCCAGAGGCUGCCCUGUCAAAGCUGUCCUACGUACUGGCUAAGAAAGAGCUCGACCUAGCUGCUAAGAAAAAGAUGAUGAGUCAGAACCUGCGAGGUGAGAUGAGUUCUGACUUAGCAGGAGCCAAGCUGUGUCUGAGCGACAGCCGUUUCAUCCAAGUCAUCGCCAAGUCUCUGAGUAUCAGCUGCAAAGAGGAGCUGGAAGCCAUCCGUGAUGCUCUGACUCCUCCUCUGGCAUGUGCUGCUGCUAAGAUCGGAGACAUAGAAGCCUUGGAAGCACUAAAGGAAAUGGGCAGCAACUUUUCUCUUUGUGACUAUGAUGGACGUACACCCCUCCAUAUUGCUGCCUGCGAGGGCCACCUGAAUGUGGUGAAGUACCUUCUGAGUUAUGGCGCCACAGUGUAUGCAAAAGAUCGCUAUGGGGACACACCCCUGUGCAAUGCUGUGCGCUUCAGACACAAAGAUGUUGUGCAGCUGCUGAGAAAGACUGGAGCCCACUUCUCCAGAGACAAGUUGGAUGAAGCAGGAACAGAACUGUGCAGCCUGGCAGCCAGUGGUGACCUGGAGGGCCUGGAAAUCUGGAGCCUCGCUGGGGUGGAUCUGAAUAAACCAGGCUAUGAUGGACACACAGCAAUUCAAGUGGCCCACGCUGCUGGCAAAAAAGAAGUGGUGGCCUUUUUAGUCCACCUCCAGAGCAGUAAACCCAAGACAAUAUUUGGUGGAUUUAAUGAAUAUGAUGAAUAUGAUGAUGAUGAUGAUGAGAGUAAUGGAGUGAUCGAGUUCACUGCGUCUACAAAGUGAACUGAAGUUACCUGAGCCAACGAGAAUCGUCCCCACCGUUUGCGUCCACUUCCUCCUAAGCCGUCCUCAGUCACUCUCCCUUUGAAUGCUUCUGUUUGUGUGAUGGUUAAAGCCAUCCCUGCUUUCAGUGUUUGCGUCCAAACUGACUGACAGAACGACAUUGUGCAACCACCACUUUGAGCACACAGUGCUGGAAAAAAACAACACCAUAUAUAUAUAUAUGUGUGAUUGUUGUGUGUAUUUGAGGAAACAUUAUCAUGCUAAGUGUUUUAAUUAAGUACUUUUAUUUUUAAGUAUGUACAACAGACUCAGAUAUUGUAAUGUCUGAUCAGGGAAUUAAGAUUUAAACCUGAGCUGACACUAAUGAAAAAAGAUUUUAAAAUCUUGUUUUUUUUUAAUAUACCAAAAGAGUUUAAAACUUUGACAAUACUUUAAGUACUGCUGUCUCUUGCUCCAACAGUGUAUUCAUGAUAUCUGGAAUUACUGGGUCAAAAUUAAAACUAUGUCUUUAUUUUAUUCUUAUUUUUAUGGUGAGAUGCUGGAAAGUAUCAUGUAAACUGGUCAAAUCAUCUGACGUGUUAUAUAAUUGUAGUACUUGUCCACUUUGGGUGUAAGCGUGCCUCUGCCCCUGAUGCACAGCUUUUCGUUUCCUUUUGUUCAAACAGGUACCACAGUCACCUUUCAGUCUCGUCCGGCCUGUUUCACAUGCCGAUUGUCGAGCUGGAAGGGUCUCCCUUUUGAAAUGGAAAGAGGACAAAGCUGCAGUUUCUGUUCUCUCAUGUAUUUUGAUUUUUUUUGUUUUCCUUGUUGUGCAACAAGUUAAUGCUGUUAAAUAUUGUUACUUUUGCUUGACAUGAUUUUCUGUUUGAACCAGUAUAGGUCACCCCUCCUCCCCCAACCCCCCAUUUCUUUUGUGAUUACCCGUCACUUUAAAGUGCAAACAAGUUCGAAAAGACUUGAAACUUGUCCUGCUGUUUCUGUGAAGACAUAUGUGUGUGCGUGCAUGUGCAUGUGUGAGUGAGAAAAAGGAAUCUUUACUGGUUUGUUCUCUCUGUGGAAAAAGCAACAGAAAUAAAUCUCUUGUUUCAAAGCAGUGA